UUGUCAAGUAAAUAGUAAUUAAUAACCUGUGUUUUGGAUAAUGCAUUUCAAAUUUGAUUAUACUAAUUUGUAAUUUUUAAAAAAUAUCGAAAUGAUUUCUUAUUUAACGCUAACACGAAUAACAAAGUUCCUUGGUUGUCGACCGAUCACUAUGAAAAUAUCUGCUGAUGGUAAAGAUAUCCCUAAGAAAAAGGUAUUUCAAGCUAGAAUUACUCUUAUUGGAACUGAUGAUUCAGUAAGCAUAACCGACCUAAAAAGUGCUCAGAAUAUUUCUACUAGAAGAGAAUUAAAAUUAGUCAAAAUUCAGGAUGAAGAUACUAAAACACGGAGACCUGUGUAUAAAUUGAUGACAAAUGCGGAGUAUCAUGAGGAGGAAAUAUCUAAAAGGAAACAGAAACAACAAGACAAAGAGAACAAUUUUAUAAAAGGACAUAAACUUUUAACACUCUCAUCACGAAUAGCAGAACAUGACUUGAUGACUAGAAUUAAGAAAAUUGGGAAAUUGCUAGAAAAACAAUUUGAAGUAAGAGUUGUGAUAACUGGAGAGGAAAGCGAAACAAACUCAAACUAUGACAAAAUAUACUCAACAAUUGAAAGAAACCUUCAAUCAAAUGGUAAUCUAGUUCAAAAGAGACAAAAAGGCAGCGCACUCAAGUUUCAAGUGCUACCGUUAAGAAAAUCAUCUAGUAAAGACUCCAGUUCUAAUAAAAAUGACAGUGAUGGUACUGCCAUAUGACUAGCUGUGGUUAUUGUUGGUAUUUUACUGGCAAAAUAUUUAAUUUUGUGUAAAUAUAUGUUUAAUAAAUCCAAGGAUACAGAUAUUGAUUUAAAGAAAUCUAGAAAAUCAUCUGAUAGUGAAGAAUUGAUGUAAAUAUUGUAAGAUUUAUUUAUUUUAUUAGGUUUAAUUUAAAUAAAAUAGACAAAA